AUGAUCCCGACUAUCACUAUGGACAACGAAACUGACGACUUCAACGUCUAUGGCGCGUACUUCGCACCGCUCAGGUCCAGCGAUGGUAUGAAGAUGCUGAUAGACGGUCUGACAGGCGAGGAUCUUGCAGCAGUACCGGAGCACUGGCACACAUACACCUCUCCACCAGCCAGCGCCCACACGGCCCUAGCUCUCCUCUACACCUUCUUCACGGCUGCUGCACUCAUUGGAAAUGGAAUGGUCAUAUUCAUUUUUCUAACAACGAAGAGUUUGCGGACAUCUAGUAACUUACUGAUUCUAAACCUCGCAAUAAGCGACUUCAUUAUGAUGGCCAAAGCUCCACUCUUCAUAUAUAACAGCGCAUUGCGCGGCUUUGCAGCGGGAGAUCUGGGUUGUCAAAUAUUUGCUCUAAUGGGUUCCUAUAGCGGUAUCGUAGCGAGUAUGACCAACGCUUGUAUUGCUUACGACAGACAUUCGACUAUCACUCGACCGCUUGACGGGCGACUGUCACAAGGGAAGGCCUUGUUGAUGAUAGCUUGUGUAUGGAUAUACGCGACGCCCUGGUCGCUUCUACCACUGUUCAAAGUAUGGGGCAGAUUUGUACCAGAGGGCUACUUAACAUCAUGUACUUUCGAUUACUUGUCCAACACUUUCGACACUAAAUUGUUCGUGGCGUGUAUAUUCACUUGUAGCUACGUCUUCCCUAUGAGCAUGAUCAUAUAUUUCUACAGUGGGAUUGUCAAACAAGUGUUCGCACAUGAAGCAGCAUUGAGAGAACAAGCGAAGAAAAUGAAUGUUGAAUCUCUGCGUUCGAAUCAAAACGCCUCUGCGGAGUCUGCUGAAAUAAGAAUUGCUAAAGCUGCUCUGACUGUUUGCUUCCUAUUUGUGUCAUCUUGGACGCCGUACGGAGUGAUGGCGCUCAUAGGAGCAUUCGGUGAUCAGCGACUUCUAACACCCGGGGUAACUAUGAUCCCAGCCGUAGCGUGCAAAGCUGUAGCAUGCAUCGAUCCUUGGGUAUAUGCAAUCAGCCAUCCCAAGUACAGGCAAGAGCUUCAGCGUCGCAUGCCCUGGCUUCAAAUCAACGAGCCUGAUGACAACGUUUCAAACACUACCAACGGCACUACAAACUCUACAGCAGCGCCUACCGCCUAA